UACACCGACUGUUUUAAUUGCUUUCCGUUCUGUAUUAUUAUUUUUUUUUUGUAUGUGGACCGUUUUACCUGGUAUUUUUCUAGCAAGCACGUGUAUUUUACUCUGAAUUGAGUCACCACUUAGCUAGUGUGUGUUUGGACCGUUAGCAAGCACGUGCAUUUUACUCUGAAUUAAGUCAUGGAACAAACAUGUCCUCAACGACAGUUUCGGAGUUUUCCCACGUAGCAAAGGGUUGAAAGGAAUUAUGCGAAGUUUACAGAGGUGAGCUCAAAUGAAACUGGUUGACACCAACAAUUCUUUAUUCACUCAGAGAUGGGGUGUUGUGGUCUAUGCUGGAGCGGCAGCAUUGUAACGUUAGAAUGCAGGCUGUAAGAGUGAAAUACAGAGACCGCCAGAAAUACAUUUGUUAUGAAGGGCAACUGACCUUCAAAUCAUUUUUGGAGUGUUUUUCCAAGAAGUUUGAGAUUCCUACCUUGGACUUAAAAGUCUAUGAUGAUUUGAACACUGAAGUUGACGAGGAUGCAUUUGCGUUUCUUGUAAUGAAACCAGACCUGGGUGUGCUUGAGGUCCGUUUGCCCAAGGGUUCAGAUUUUGAGGAUUUAGUCAGCCCCUCUACAAACCACUCCAUUUGCACAAGCAACAGCUCCUUUGAUGAAGGGGACUCUGAUGACACCAUCAUUUUGCAGUCUACUCCUGCCCAAAGAAACAGAGCUGACCUGACUCGUCUAGCUCAGCUCAUUGAAAACAUUCUGAGGAAGAAACCUGGAGGAGAGAGGAUCCUUACAGAGUAUGGUCGGACAAAAAGCUUAACAGAUUCCAGAAGAUGUGACAUGGUGAAGAUCUUGGUUGCACACAUGGCGAGUGAACAUGGGACAAGUCCUUCAAGACGUGUUAAAGAGGACUACGCAAAGGGCAUCACUGCCUUGUUUCCAUACCUGGCUGAUCCCCAGGGAACUUUGGGCUAUGAGCAGUAUUACAAUCCGGUAGAUGGGAGUGGAUUUCUUGCAUGGAGAGUGAAAAUGCUUCAGAAAGAAGCCUCAGAGGGACAAAAGAAAAGAAACCCUCAGCCACUGACAGGCGGUCCGGUUUCUGGUGAGAGAACCCCCUUCUGUAAGGAAGACCAACUGGCCACAGAAACCCAGUGUUGUGAGGCCAUCGCACUGAUGAAGCAUACAACUGAUGAAGCAAUUAUCAGGGAGAAGAUGAAACAGACCUUCACCCAUCGCCAAGCAAUGGUUAAUGACCCAGUAAAGUCCUCUGAAAUAUUUACCACCUUUCCAAGAUUUCUUGACAUCAAGGGAAUGAUAGAGCAGGAUUUCAGUCUGAUGUUUGGUGAUGACAUCUCUGCAAGGUUCCUGGAGCAGUGGCCUACGCACUACAAGCAGAGAGUCCUUGAACAAAGUCGUGGCCUCACCCAGACAAGCGACCUUGAAGAUCUCCUUCAUAACGCAGAAUCCACAACAGAGGAACUGGAAGAUGGAUGGGACAGUGAAUUGUCAUCCAUCUUGCUCCUUAUCCACCUCAUGCCGCCAUCACCUCAUGGCCGCAACAAAAGACCAGGAAAGCUCUCUGCCAGACAAGCCAUUGACCACCUUGUGAAAUUUAUCAAGACUGGGACCAGUGUUGAGGGUCAUCUGGACAGCAUCACAGAGAGCCGUCAACCCUAUCUACUGGCUGUGGGGACCAAGAGGAGCGCCAUACACAAAUAUUUCAUUGUGAUUGACAAACAUGCAAUCCCGUGUCAGUCACCAGAUCCGCUUACCUCUUUUGAUGAGCUUUUCAAAGCUCAUUUCGUCUUCGCUACCUCAUACAGGGAUCUGGCCAAUGUCUACUACUUUUUGCAAACCGCUGUUUACCAAAUUGAUGCUGCUACAACUAAGGUGAAUCCCAGGGUCAAAGAGAUGAGAGCCCGGAUGCUGCACUGAUUUUGACACUUUGAGAUGCUUUGGAGGGAUCUGCUUUUGCACUGAUUUGAUACAGAAAUGUUUUGUUUUUUUUGCAAAGCCCCUCAGGCCAAUGCCAAUUCACUAAUUAAGCACUUAAAGUUGAUCCACGGACUUUGUUCAGGAAAGACACUUCGUCUGAAAUGUGGUCAGCCUGGUUGUUCCCACUUCUUUGGUACUUUUUCUGGGUUUCGAAAGCAUCUUAAAGCACAUGAACCUCGUGGUGAUUCUGGUAAAGGCCCCUCUACAACUGCACAUUUAGCCGGAAGUUUUGCUGAUGACUUUCCAUCAAGCAUUCCCUCUUCUGA